GAAAAUCAUCUCCAGUCUCCACCCCCGAGAAACGUUCAUAUGGCAGAUCUAAGAUGUACCACGACAAACCGUGGGCUCUUGACUGGGCUGGUGGUCUUCAUAGACCCGGUUGUGGAGCCGUUGUCUUCUUGAGCGACGACAACGGCAAGAGUUGGUACCCCUGCGGAGGGUUGGAGAGAUCGGAAGCGGGGAGGAUCGCUGUUGAUGGCAGGACGUUUAGGACCUUCUUCCUUAUGUCCGUGUCCGGCAGAGAUGGGAAAAAUUCGGUCAAGGAAGACAAGAAGGUGUCUCUUGACCUUCGACUCUUCCAAGGCUACGGAGUAAAGGCUUUCUCGAUGAAAGAGUUUGGCGUGCGGGGAAACGGGGCGGAGUUCCGAAUGCUACCAGCGGACCAGUUCUUGUUGAAAACCAAUGGCUACAGCGUGACUGGUUCCCUGCCUGUUGUCGACAACACUUUCAUGAUCAGCAGACAGUUGGUCCCGUUCAACAGCCCGACGGAUCAGUUAGCGACUUUCGUUAUGCAGUACAGGGAACAUUUCGCGAGACUGCCUGCUGCCCAGCGAGUUGACUGUGUUUUGGUGCCCUUCGCCGCGGUGUUCAAACGGCGCCAAGAUCAGCCUGCUAAGACAGUUGCGAGGAGGAAACAAGUGACAUCCGACACGCCUUCGUUGGAUGCGGUUGUCCAGGCUCUUCCCGCUCCGGUUCUUCCCUCUGUGAGACAAAGUCUCGAUGCGGCCGAGCAGUCCAGCGAGGCCACGGACUUGGACGACGGAGCUUUGGGCUAUCAGCCUCAUCCCCAGCGUCGUCCCCAUGGAGGUGAAGAUGCCUCCAACGACGAGGAAUGCGAGGGCCGAGAUGGAAAGGGUGGUGGUUGGGAGGGGGAGGACGGUGGUGACGGGGACGACGGUAACCAAGUCGAAGCUGAAGGUGAGGAGGAUGACAUGGACGAGGAGAGAGAUGAUGUUGAUGAGGAUGACACAUGCCGCGUUGGUGACGCGGUCGAUGUUCGUGGCCAGCCUUCGGGUUCCCGCGGAAUGUCACAGCCCUGUGACCAAGCGAUGGGUGGGAGAGAAGAACCUGGAUAAAGGGGAAAGAGAAAGAGGGGAGAAGCGUUGACCUCUCCUGCUGGUCGAACAAAACAGGCGAGGGCGGACGCCGUCAAUGAAGCUCGCGGAGCGUU